CAUGUUGUGACAGCCAUGUCUCUGGAGAUGGAGAAGACCAUCACCAAGCUGAUGUAUGACUUCCAGAGAAACUCAACCUCUGAUGAUGACUCUGGAUGUGCACUGGAAGAAUACGUCUGGGUUCCCCCCGGCCUCAGCCCUGAGCAGGUGCAUCAAUAUUAUAACUCCUUACCAGAAGAGAAGGUCCCUUAUAUAAACAGCCCUGGAGAGAAAUAUCGCAUCAAACAACUGCUUCACCAGUUGCCACCACAUGACAAUGAGGUGCGUUAUUGUAACGCAAUGGAUGAGGAGGAGAAAAGAGAGCUAAAGCUCUUCAGCAACCAACGGAAGAAGGAGAAUUUGGGCAGGGGCAACGUCCGUCCUUUCCCCCUCACCAUAAAUGGGGCCAUCUGUGAAAAGUGUGGUGGUCAGAUAAACGGAGGGGACAUUGUGGUUUUUGCUGUGAGGGCGGGUCAUGGAAAAUGUUGGCACCCUCAUUGCUUUGUCUGCAGCAUGUGUGAGGAGCUAUUGGUGGAUCUCAUCUACUUCUACCAGGAUGGCAAGAUCUACUGUGGCCGGCACCACGCCGAGAGGCUGAAACCCCGCUGCUGUGCCUGUGAUGAGAUUAUCUUUGCCGAUGAAUGCACCGAGGCAGAGGGCAGGCACUGGCACAUGAAGCACUUCUGCUGCUACGAGUGUGAGACCACCCUCGGCGGCCAGCGCUACAUCAUGAAGGACGGGCGGCCACACUGCUGCAAUUGCUUUGAGUCCCUUUAUGCAGAGUACUGUGAUGCAUGUGGAGAACACAUAGGCAUUGACCAAGGCCAGAUGACAUAUGACGGGCAGCACUGGCAUGCAACUGAGGAAUGCUUUUGCUGUGCUCGUUGCAAACGCUCUCUGCUUGGCCGUCCCUUUCUGCCAAAGCAGGGACAGAUCUUCUGCUCACGGUCCUGCAGUGCCGGACAGGAUCCAGAUGAGUCCGACUCCUCAGACUCGGCCUUCCAGAGCGCCCGUUCCCGUGAGUCCCGCCACAGCACCAAGAUUGGGAAAAAGGAGCGAAGGAAUGCUGAGCAAGAGCGGCGUAGUGCUGAGGCCCGCCAGUCAGCUCCUCCACCCAUGCCUGACCGUCUGUCGGCUGAAAUUGAUCCCCUGGCUGUUCAGAUGGACCGUUUAAGCCUCUCUUCUAGCCAGACCCCGAGCAGGACACCUAACCGCACACCCAGCCGUACUCCAAGCCGUGCCCCGAGUCUUAACCAGGUGUGGAUGAGCCGGGAUGAUCCCUACGUCCCUUCUGCUGCUUACGAGGGCCCCCAGCGGGAACCCUCCCCCACCACUACAUCUAUACAUCUGCUGGGUCAGUGUAACCCUAGGCAGGGCUACAAUCCCAACGCAAAUGCUCAUCCUCCACCACAGACUCCUGCCAACCCAGGUAAGAGGCCUGACUCCUGGGGGAAGGAACAAGGCAAUGCUAAGAGGACCCCUAUGGCAGCCCUGAGGGGCCACUCCUUUAAUGAAAACUGGAUCCACCACAGCCAGGAUGAGUUCAGGCCCAACAAGCUACGUACCCAGAUGAGCUUCAAUGAGAUGUCUAGCCAGAACCAGGGUUUCUCUGACAAGAGGAGCAUCAGCCUGCAUGGAUUCCAGAGAGACGGCAGGCCCCCGCUGACCAGGAGGAACCCCAUCAAUACCAUGAGCUUCAAAGAGCCCCUCACUCCUCUAGAACAGACCCCUCGUGGAUCCAUGGACUCCCUCACCAUGUCCAAUGCCACAGGUAACUCUCUGGACGGGGUCAGUAGGCGUCAGGAGCAUUUGUCAAGGUUCUCUAUGCCUGACCUGAGUAAGGACUCAGGUGUGAAUGUGUCUGAGAAGAGCAACAUGGGAACCCUCAGCUCCUCAGUCCAGUUCCACAGCACAGAGUCACUGUCCUCCUCUCGCCCCUACAACAACAACAUGUACACUCCACUGAGAGUAGGCUACCCGCUGCAGUACUGGGACGGCCCACAACCACUGGGCUUCGACAGCAAAGGUCGUGUCGGGGUAAUGGGCAGCAGUGGGAACCUGCGGAUGGCUCCAAUGAGCGACAGGAUGCCCCGUCGACGUAUAAACGGGCAGGAACCUGUAACCCAGCAGCAACAGCCACAACCAAGACGUCGCAAACACCAUCGUGGAAACCAUGGUAAUGGGCAGCACCGCAGUGGCCGCCACCACAAACGUUCUCGCCGUUCUCGCUCUGAUAACGCCCUACACUUGGUGGCGGACCGGCCUGCUCAAAUGGUUGAGCCACCCUACCGCCGCGUUCAGGAGGAUUAUGAUCGCUUACCCUCCGGUCAUGCUGCCCGGGAGUUGUUUGGUCUGGAGCCAGGCGCCUACAGACAACAGCCCCAUCGGCCCUGCCCCCGCACUACUUCUGAUCUCACCCUACAGAAUGCUGGCUGGCAGCCUGUGGGGCUAGGCGGGCCAUGCUGGGGCGAUGGGUACAUGGAAGCUGCUGACCCCUGGUGCUCCAGCUGCUCCUCUUCUUCUGAGUCUGAGGGAGAUGAGGGUUAUUUCCUGGGUGAACCAAUCCCUCGUCCUGUGCAGCUGUGCUACAUCAACAAUGAGGAGCUGCGCCAUCGCUACAGCCCCUCUGGGAUAGUUGGCCAUCAUGGACCUCUGCACGGACCGAUUCAUGGCCAGCUGCACACCCGCCAGAGAAGGAAGAGCAAAAACUGCAUAAUUUCAUAG